GUUCCCAUCGUUCCAAACAAAACUUGUUUCAAACCUCAUCAAAAUGGUGGUACCAGCUGGUAGUGGUGGUGGUGGUGGUGGUGGUGGUGGAGGCCGCGGAGGUCUCUCCAACAUCAAGUCUUUCGCCAUCCAACUCCUAACUGGCCCAUGGCUCAUGGUCUUUGGCUCAGUCCUCAUCAUGUCAGCAGCCGGCUCCACCUACAUGUUCGGCAUGUACUCUGGCGACAUCAAGGACUCCCUAGGGUACGACCAGACUGCCCUCAACCUCGUCAGUUUCUUCAAGGACAUUGGCACCAACGUCUGUCUUCUCUCCGGCUUAUUAGGUGAGAUAACCCCGCCGUGGUUCAUGCUCUCUGUAGGUACCGUGUUAAACUUCUUUGGUUACUUCAUGAUUUGGCUCGCCGUGACCAAAAGAAUCGCUCGACCGGCAGUCUGGCAAAUGUGUCUGUACAUCUGCGUUGGCAACAACUCUCAAGCGUUCGCCACCGUGGGAUCUUUAAUUGUGUGUGUAAAAAAUUUUCCGACGAGUCGCGGCAUCGUUUUGGGGAUUCUCAAGGGUUACGUUGGCCUAAGCGGCGCUAUAAUGGCACAACUGUACCAUGCUAUUUACGAGGAUAACUCUAAGGGAUUGAUCUUGUUUAUUGGGUGGUUACCGGCAGCCAUAUCGUUGGUUUUUGUUCGGAGUUUUCAAUUCACGAAGGUGACUCAUCAGGCGAACGAGUUGAAGGUGUUUUACAAGUUUCUAUACAUUUCUAUUGGUCUGGCCGCGUUUUUGAUGAUUAUAAUCAUUGUAGAAAAUAAGGUGACUUUCACUCAGGGAGAAUAUGGUGGCAGCGCCACCGUGGUCCUUAUUAUGCUGUUUUUGCCGAUAGCGAUUGUGAUCGCAGAGGAAUUGAAUAUUUGGAAAGCGAAACAAGCUGUCCUCGAUGAUCCUUCUCCUGUGAAAGUAAUCAUCGAGAAGCCAACCCAAGAAAUAGCAGCCCCUUUAGACCAGCCAGCACCUAUGUCCAGCACCAUUGAAGCAAGGGUUGAAGAUCAAGCAAACGUUUCAUGCUGGAAAACUGCUUUCAAACCACCAAAUAGAGGGGAUGACUACACUAUUCUGCAGGCACUUUUUAGUAUUGACAUGUUAAUCCUCUUCUUGGCCACAAUAUGUGGUUUCGGAGGACUUUUGACUGCCAUCAACAACUUGGGACAGAUCGGAGCCUCCCAGGGGUACCCCAGGCAAAGCGUAAGUACUUUUGUUUCCCUUGUUAGCAUAUGGAGUCAUCUCGGCCGAACUAUAUCGGGUUUCGUCUCAGAAAUCAUCUUGGAUAAGUACAAAUUUCCCCGCCCUCUGAUGCUCACCCUCAUCAUGCUCCUCUCUUGCCUCGGUCACCUCUUGAUUGCCUUCAAUGUCCCCGGCAGCCUCUAUGUUGCAUCCUUAAUCAUCGGAUUCUGUUUCGGGGCUCAGUUGUCGUUGAUUCUUGUAAUAAUUUCUGACCUUUUUGGACUCAAGUACUACUCUACACUAUACAGCUUGGGGGUUACGGCCACUCCUAUCGGGUGCUACAUCCUCAACGUGAAGGUGACCGGUAAUUUGUACGAUAAGGAGGCGAGGAAGCAAAUGGCAGCGCUGGGAAUCAUGAGGAAGCCCGGACAAGACCUUAACUGCACAGGCACCGCUUGCUUCAAAUUAGCCUUUAUCAUAACUACGGCAGCAACAUUGUUUGGUGUGCUUGUUUCGUUUAUUCUUGCGCUUAGGACCAGAAAAUUUUACAAGAGUGACAUUUAUAAAACACUCCGGGGGGAGCAGAAUGAGGUUGAGAUCGUCGCCGCUGGAAAUGGCGCCAUGGGACCGGAUGAAGAGUUCCAAAGGCCGGAUAAAAAUUAAGCAAUGCUUAUUUGCAGGAUUAUACUCAUAACUUUAUAAAAAUGGACUUCCUCU